GGGGAGCGCGGCUGCGGCAGCCCCCGCCUGCUGCUGGGCCACGGCCGUGCCCGACCGGGGGAGUGGGCGGCGGGCCCGGCCCGGCUCCGCACCUCUGCCGACUUUGGCCGGCCCAGAAGGGCAGCCCAGAGUUCAGCAUGCAGGAAGUUUUGAGGCAGCUCGCAGAGUAGCGCGGCGGCGGUGAGCGCUGCUUCGCGUGCUCUGGGGUUUGGGCUUUUCUUGCGGGCAUUUGUGCCUUUCCCCCCCCCCUGCAUACAACUCCCCCAAACACACAAGCAACCCGCAACAACCAAAAAGUCCCGUAAGGGGGAAGAGAACGCGGGCGAGGGAAGCACCCUCGGCGGGAGAGGAGAGCCCGUUUCUUCGCAGAGACACGGUCCCGCUCGCAGCUGGUCCCAAUGCAACUGCUCAUCCUCCUCCUGCUCUACGCCGUCGUCUGUGCGAACUUCUGCAGCCGUCAGGGCACCACCGCCCCUGCCCAGAGCGGAUCUAUAAAAGCCCUGCGGGCUUCCAACAUCAGGCGAGAUGAGAGCAAUCACCUCACAGACUUGUACCGAAAGGAAGAGAGCAUCAGCGUGGCAGGGAGCGGCUGCAUCCACAGUCCUCGCUUCCCCAGCAGCUACCCCAGGAACCUCCUGCUGACGUGGCGCCUCCACUCCCCGGACAGCACCAGGAUCCAGCUGGCUUUCGACAGUCAGUUCGGGCUGGAGGAACCCGAAAAUGACAUCUGCAGGUAUGACUUUGUGGAAGUGGAAGAUGUAUCAGAGACCAGCACAGUUAUUCGAGGACGGUGGUGUGGACACAAGGAAGUCCCUCCAAGAAUAACAUCAAGAACAAAUCACAUAAAGAUAACCUUCAAAUCCGAUGACUACUUUGUGGCUAAACCUGGAUUCAAGAUAUGUUACUCCCUUGUGUGUAGCUCGAAAGAGGCAGAUUUUGCAAACACUCAGGAAAUGGAUGAUUUCCAGCAUGCAGCCUCAGAAACCAACUGGGAGUCAGUCACAAGCUCUGUCUCAGGGGUAUCCUAUCCCUCUCCAUCAGUGACUGACCCCACGCUCACGGCGGAAGCGCUGGAUCAGACCAUUGCCGCCUUCGACACCGUGGAGGACCUGCUCAAACACUUCAACCCAGACUCCUGGCAAGAGGACCUGGAGAAUCUCUACACAGACAGUGGCCACCAUUAUCGAGGCAGGAGCUACCACGACAGGAAGUCCAAAGUUGACCUGGACAGGCUGAAUGAUGAUGUGAAGCGUUACAGCUGCACUCCAAGGAACUACUCUGUCAAUUUAAGGGAGGAGCUGAAGCUGACAAAUGUAGUUUUCUUCCCCCGCUGCCUCCUUGUCCAGCGCUGUGGCGGAAACUGUGGCUGUGGGACUCCAAACUGGAAAUCCUGCACCUGCGUGUCAGGCAAAACAGUGAAAAAAUACCAUGAGGUGCUGAAGUUCAUCCCUGAGGCUGGGCAUACCAGAAGAAGAGGCAGAAUCAGGAACAACAUGUCCUUGGUGGAUAUACAGCUGGAUCACCAUGAGCGGUGUGAUUGUGUCUGCAGUUCAAGACCACCCCGAUAAAGAGGGAAAAACAAAGCAAGGAAAGGAAAAACCACACACACUAAUUGCAUCUUACCGGACAUUUACUUUCAAGCAGGAUUGCUCUGAGGACCUUUACUCACUAAUCAUUUGAAAUUUGCUACUAGCCUGCCUUUGCAAUUAGCAAAAAUCAUUGCUGUGCUGAUUAGUGUCAUGGCAACUAAACAGAUAUAUCAUACAUUUAUGUAUCAGCAUCCAAGAAUUUAGGACUGUGGUUUAUCUGUAGCUAGAUUCUGAAGGUUGAGAUUUUAAAAGCUAAAUUGCAGUCCUUAGGCACACAGUGCCCACUGAAUUUUAAAUACCAUGUAUGUAUUUGUGGUAGCUGGCAAGGAAAUAGCAUUGAGUUUGUUUUUCACUCACCAGUUCCUGCACUCAAAUUCUGCUCCCAUUUCUACCUCCUCAGCUCUCCUGAUGGUAGGUAGGGUUUUAUGGCAGGUAUAAAUGAAGAGAGAAUUUGAGCCUGUAGGAUUGCAAAAUGGCUUGCCCUGCUCUCAGAGGGAACUGAGUUGAGACAGAAUGCAUAAAAUCCAUCAUUACAUGAAAUUACACAUCAGUAAGGUCAAGUCUCACUGCUUGUACUCGAGCAAAUCAUGUGCUGAAAUUAGUGGGUGCUUUGCAUAAGGCAGGACACUGGGGGUGGUAGGGGGUGCUGCUUUUGCCAUGGUGGCUCCAUGCAGGCAUCACCCAGUGCUUCUGCAGGAGGGGGCUCCUGGCAGCCCCACAGGUGAAUACCUGCGGGCUGGAGCUGACUUUGGUCACUGCCAUCCUGAUCUGGACUCCUGCCCCUGCCCAGAGUGGCCCCACAGCUGCCCAAGAGGAGCCCCCUGUAGCCAGGAGGGAGAGCAGCCCUCCCCUGGGAUCCUCCUCACAGCAGCCCCAGGAGUGCCUGUGGAGGAGAUGAAGAUAGGGCACUUGUUUGUUGAAAAUAUUGAUUUGUUUUGCAGUUGUGUUACUGGGAAACAAAACUGUGUUUGAGAUUUAAUUAUCAUUAUUUGGUUUGGGGUUCUUUAUUUGUUUUUUAACUUUGUCAUAUAUUCAUUAAUCUUGGUUUUCUGAGGUUAGUUGUCUCAUUCCAGCUCUGUGUAUUGCCGUGGUUAAAGUGUUGACAGUGAAUUUCUUUCUUUUUUUUUUUUUUUUUUAAUUGCAUUUUGCUGAAGCAUAUUAACUCAUUAAGUAAUGUUUGUCAGUCAUGGAAAAUGUGCAUCAUUUAUUAACUUCCAGAAGAGUAUUACUAAAUACCACCUCAUAAUAAAAUUAGCACUUUAAAAGCUACAGCAUAGCUUCCUGUGCCUUUUAAACUAUUACAAAAGUGCUCUAGCUGAAAAAAAAAAAAAUCCUUCCAAACUAGCUUUAAGGAUUUUCAAGUGCUGCUCCAAAAAUGCAAGAAACCAGGCAGGUUUAAGUCUAGCAAAGAAUUGGAGUUUUGAUCAUGAAUGUAACAGAGGGAAUAGAGUGGCACAUUUAAUGGCUGAGGUUUUAUAUUUUAGAGUAGGCAUAGGCUGCAUCAAAUCAUCUUGUCUGUGUUGGCUCUUGUUUUUCUGUCUCUGAAAGAGUGAAGUAGGUUGACAAUACUGCAUUAUAAUUAGUGGAAAAUGGCAUGUGCUAUAAAAUAAAGGGCCUUCAAACCAGUGUGUUUUAGUACUCCACAGGUUUGUAACAAAAGCACCCUAAUGUUCUCAUUUUCCCUCUUCAUCAGCUCAAGUAUUCUGUAAGUGCUUUUUUUAUAAUUUUAGCAAAACUUUGCUGAAAGAUCCCUUAGAAAUGUUGUGUUACUUUCUUUCCUGUACUUUAACCUUGGAGAUUCAGAAAGUGUGGGGGUUUUAUUAUUUAUAUUAAUUUUUCCUCUCUGGCUCCCAGAUGUCUGUUUAAAAAUGCUCCUGAAUGCUUUCUUGGGAAGUGAUUCAUCAUUUUUCAAAGCAAUUCACAUUUAAAGAACAUCCCUGUAACCAAAGAUUGCCACCUUCAUUUUGUAGUUCAGGACUAUUUAAAGAACAUCUCAUUCUUUUUCUGUCUCUAGAUUAAUAACAAGAUUGACCCAGCCCUUCCAUAAGUUUUACUAAGUUUGGAAUAAAUCUGCAUGCAAGACCUUGGCAGUAUGGAUUGUUUUUGAGAUACCACACUCCUGUUUGUAUCUCUGACUGAAUCAUGCCUAAACACUCUGAUUUCAUAGCAUUGGUUGCAGGAUGCUCAAGUUUCACAAGGCUUUGUGCUCUAAGUGGUCCUUUAAUUCCCAACAGCCAUGUGUUGUGAGGGGUGCUUAUGCCUCCUGUUUAGGAUUCAGCCUUUUCUGGGAGCCUGAGUUACACUUAGAUGCAACUGGGAGAGGCUCUCCCAUAGUGUGCCUUAGUCCAGUUGAGUAGCAUUCCUUUCUCUCCUUUGACUAUAGAAAGGUUAGAAAUUUGAUUUGGGUAUCUAAGUGGGUUACACAGAGGUAGAGAGCAUGAAUACUCCUUUUAAAGACUGAAUAGCUGAAAAUUCAGCUGAGUUAGAUAAGGGCAGCACUGGAUGCCAGGGUCCAAAAGAAAAAUUCAAAUGCAAAGUAAAAAUAAAAUUCUCUUGCUUAAUGAUGGGUUUACCUUCUUAAAUAUAACACUAAUUGACAGAACCAUGCACUGCUUCCUGCAGCCAUACAGACACUGUGCUCCCAGCCUGUGCAAGAGGGUCAAGGGUGGACUUUGUGUGGCAGUGUGGGGAUGGUAACAUACAUGUGAACUAAAAAAACCUCCCCAAAACCCAAGCCCCGAGAUGCAGUGACCCUGGUGAGCCCAAAUAUCAGCAAUUUUUUUUUCCAUUUUUUUAUUAGCAGAAAUUGCAAAGGUGUAUCUCCAUACUUCUUUUCCUAUUUUGUAUUUGUAUAGUUGUUAUGUUGUUUGUGUACUAUUUUAGCUUAAAUAGCAAAGCUGUUAAAAAAACAAACCUGGUUCAGUUUAUUGGUGGAAUUGGAGCCCCCCAAAAUAAAUACAUUUUCAAAGGCAAUUCAGCAAGAGUCCUAAUUUCAAACCACUCAUCAGCUUUUUAUUUACUAUAUUCUUCUGGGAUAGAGCCUACUUUCUCAAGUGCAAUCUAUGUAUAUUUUUUUAUCUCAGUUAAAUGCAGCUUUCCUGGCAGUACUUUUUACUUUAUGCAGUAUGUAAUGUGUCUUAUCUUGAUGAAAAAAAUAAAUACUGCUUUUGAAAGAA